GAGUUCCCAAAUCAGAACUCCCGGGGGGAAACCCCAGAAAUUUUGGAAGGAAAAUUCGCAAAAGCGGGAACAGAAUGGCGACGAGGGACCCACUGGAUUUCGAUGUCGGAGUAGAAGAAGACGAAGAUGGAGCGCCGUCGCCGUCAUCUCCGCUGUCCUACUUCGAAAGAGAUCGGCACGUUGCGUUCUUUGGAAUGUUGUACGAUUUGAUGCCCUAUCACUACCAAUCGCAGGAGAUCAAUCGCCUCACUCUUGCAUUCUUCACUAUCUCUGGCCUUCACCUUCUCAAAGCCUUAGAUCGCGUUGACAAGGACAGAGUUGCCAGUUGGGUUUUAUCAUUUCGAGCUCAUCCGAUAAAUCAAGCAGAAUUGAAAAAUGGACAAUUUUACGGGUUUCAUGGUUCUAGGAUGUCACAGUUCCCUCCGGAUGAAAAUGGGGUUUCAGUUUGUAAUGCUGGUCAUUUGGCGAGCACUUAUUGUGCCCUAGCCAUACUAAAGACUGUUGGCUUUAAUAUAUUGACCAUAGACAAAGAAUCAAUACUGAUAUCAAUGAGGAAUCUUCAACAGCCUGAUGGAAGUUUUAUGCCGGUGCAUCUUGGUGCAGAGACAGAUCUUCGAUUUGUAUAUUGUGCUGCUGCUAUCUGUUUUAUGUUGGAGGAUUGGAGUGGAAUGGAUAGGGAGAAAACCAAGGACUACAUCUUAAAUUGCCAGUCUUAUGAUGGUGGCUUUGGCUUGAUGCCUGGUUUAGAAUCACAUGGGGGUGGUACAUAUUGUGCUGUGGCAUCUCUUCGAUUAAUGGGGUACAUUGAAGAUGAUCUUCUGUCAAAAAAUGCAACAUCUUCUAUCAUAAAUGUGCCGUUAUUGCUCGACUGGUGCAUGCAGAGACAGGCAAUUGAUGGUGGAUUUCAAGGCAGAGCCAAUAAAUCUAGUGAUACAUGCUAUGCAUUUUGGGUUGGGGCAGUUUUGAGGAUCUUAGGGGGCUACAAAUUUAUUGACAAGAUUGCUCUGCGCGGAUUUUUGCUGACUUGUCAGUCUGAGUUUGGAGGUUUCAGCAAGUAUCCGAGGGAGCUACCCGAUUUGUAUCAUUCCUACUACGGAUGUACUGCAUUCAGCCUAUUGGAAGAACCUGGCUUGAAUCCACUCUGUGCUGAACUCGGAAUGACAGAUCUUGCUGCCUUAGGUAUACUUUGACACCAUUUUUAUUUAUUACCUGCAUUUGUUCGCAAUACAUGUACCCUGAACUCCAGUGCACCAUCAAUAGCGCAUCUUUUUUUUUUUGUCGGAUUUGUAGUUUUUGCUCAUCUUUUCUCGAUUGCGGAUCUAAACCUAUUUACGUAUAUAAGAUUUAAGAAAACUUGAACUUAGUGUU